AUGGAUCCCUCAAGGCUUUCCUCGGCGUCUCGUAUCAUCGACUAUGAUCCGCACACGCUAAUUCCUUUGCUGAAGGCCCAGUUACCUUAUUCGAUCCCGUUGCUACGGCGCCUCCAGCAUGGUCUAGCGUACCCUUCAUCUACUGCUAAGAUUCUGACUACAUUCUCAGGGGCAGACGCGCCAACCUCUCCGUGGCUGGCUGCACAUGUGGAUCUCUUCGCUGGUCGCGAAACACAGAUCGUGAUCUACUCGAGCCUCGAAGCCCAGGCGACGUCUCCUGUCAUUGAAUGCGAAUUUGUCUCCAUUCUGCGAGCUUCCCGCGAGUCUCUGGAGCUGGCUCGUGCACAACUAUUGGCUCUACUAUCCUAUGUCAAGACCUACCUGCUACCAGAGUAUUUGUCAUCUAUCCAAUCUACCGGAUCUUCCCUUAUUCCCAACAAUCCGGGCCAGGAUCCUGCUUCCAAACACUCGGGUUUGAUCCCUGCGCCGCCCCCUCGGGCUUUCCUAAUUGGCAAUCUACAUACGGGGCUAUUUUCCUUACUAAGUGCCUCGGGGGACUAUACUCAUUCGGAGCCUGUCCCAGGCCUUCGGGUUCACCGCUUCGAUGAUCCUCCAUACGUCAAGUACCUAUUUGGGGGCCAAGAUUUUGUCAUAGAUAGCUCUGACAGCUUUGGCAGCCCUGACAGCGCUCCGGCCCCACUUCCAGAUGGCUUUCGCUUCACCGACAAAGAAGGCCGAAUCGGGGUUCAAUCACAUCAGUACGACCUGAUACGGUUUCGCACCAAUGUUCCACGCUCACGUGGAACCUUAACCAAGCUCCCGGGAGUGACUAUUUACUCCGAUCGUAAGACUCAGCUCCAGCCACAUUUGUCUGACAGCUCAGAUGCAGCUGAAAGCUCAGAGAAUCGGGCUCCACUCGGAGAAAUGCCCAUCGCGUGGGCCUUUCUGGGUAUUGAUGGCAGCUUGGCAACCCUGCAUGUUGAAUCAGAGUACCGGGGUCAGGGACUCGCUUUACAUGUCUCCAAGGAAGCCAUGCGACAAGGGAUGACCGAGGGUGGCAUCUGGCGAAACUACGGAGAGGAAGGCGAGGCUUGGGUCCACGCCAAUGUGUUGAAAAGCAAUAUCGCUAGUCGUCGAGUGAUGGAAAAGCUGGGCGGUGCAAUUGGAUGGACAUGUACGUGGACUGUUGUUGAAUACGACAUGUAG